AUGCUCUUUCCUACACUUGUUGUCACAGCAGCCUUUGCAGGAGGUACUCUAGCUUUGCCGACUGGCGAUGAUGCACCAUUCCUAAAGGUGGUCAGCUCGACUGAAGCUAUCGUGGGUAACUCAAUCUGGAAUGCAACUGUUGGUGCCAGCGUGGUCAAGCCUAUAUACUACCAAGGCAAAGAGAUUGUCGGUGAUGCGAAAGGACAGUACUAUUCCUAUGUCGACCAAACCGAGUCCUUCAAUUUCUCAAACGCGACGAUCGUGGAUUCCGACGACGACUUUAUCGAUGUUCAAUUUACGACCUCAGAAGGCGAGCAGCAUUGGGUUAUUUACCGCAACCAGCACGGCGCAUACCAAUACUUCAUCAACAAGGCCCUCCCAUCACCCUUGGGCGAGUGGCGAAGUGUGUCACGCCUUGACAAUGCGACCUUCACCAACGGUCAUACGACAUACAGACAAGGUGCUUUACCAGAGCUGUCUGAGAUCGAGUCUGGCGAGAAAGUCCAGGACGAGACGUGGGAACUCUCCGAUGGUAGCUAUAUUACCAAGUACGAUUGGAGUGACUUCAUCAAUUCGGCCAAGGCUUGGGGUGUAUAUGGCGACGGGAUCGGCUGCUGGUAUAUCCACCCGUCCAAAGAAUACAUCAACGGAGACCACCUGAAGCAGGAGCUUAUGCUCCACCGCGAAAGUAGUAGCGGUGAUACAGUGCUGUUGAACAUGAUACACGGGCUACACUUCCUUACCGGGGAAGAACACGAGUUCGCUGAAGGAAGGGUCUGGGGUCCUUGGCUGUGGUACCUCAACAACGGCUCGGUCGAGGAUGCGAACGCAAAGUAUGAUGAAGAGGUCCAGUCGUGGCCCUACAGCUUCCCCAACGCCGACAUUGAGGCCGGUCAUCACCAACGCGCAUCCUCUGUGAGUGGCGUCAUUACAUUAUCAGAUGGUCGCGCUGCCUCAGGAGCCAGCGUCAUGCUUGGCGAUAAUGAAAGCUCCCAGCUCCCAGCCGAACAGGGUGUCAACUACUACUAUAGGACAACAGCCGACAGCGACGGAAACUUCUCAUUUGAAAACGUCCGUGCUGCGACUUACGCCCUCUAUGCUUGGGCGGGCAACAACUCCGAUAUUGGCGAUGUAUCCACUAACCUGACGGCCAACGGCAUUGAGAUUUCCGAGUCUACCUCUGCAAUUGAUCUAGGUGAAUACACCUGGGAUACCCAGAACCGGACCAAGAUCUGGCAGAUCGGUACACUUGACCGUCUCGCUUGUAGCUUCAAAAACGGCUGCAGUGGGUACCACCACGGUCUAUCGGACGAGUCCCCCGCGGACAUUGAGUACACUAUUAACAGCUCGGAGACCUCAGACUGGUCUUACGUUCAAACAGCUGAGGGGACGUGGCAAGUCAAGUUCGAACUCUCUGAUAACCCAGCAUCAGAUGCGGUUGCGAUCUUGUCAACAAGUCUGGCAGGCUACAGCUCGGGAGUAAACAUCGAAAUCACUGCGCAAGGUGGCAAUGUGACUGUCGGUGAACUCAGUGAUCUCACCAAUGAUCCUUCUGUAUAUCGCAGCUCAACAUUCUGCGGCCUUCACCGAUACGAGGAGUUUGAAGUACCCGCUGGUACCUUGGUGAAGGGCUCGAACACGAUCGAAUUCACCGUUACGAAAACAUCUCAAUGGCAUGGCUUUAUGUGGAACAGCAUUCUGCUUGAAUGGUCAUGA